UUCCGUUGCUACAGGAGCCGCAAGCCGGAGAUGUCAAAGUGCUGAGUCAGGCGAAACCCUCACUCGCGAGACUGUUUACACGGGACAGCAACAGGAUCCUUAUUGUAAAGAAAUAAUGGAUGAAAUUAGCACAGAUACGAGGUCAAAAUUCUUUAUCAGUGACGAUGGGCUUCUGUACGCGGGACCAAAUUUGGAAAACGGAAAGUUGGUUGUACCUCAUAACUUGAUACAGCCCAUUAUCAAAAUGCAUCGUGAUAAGGUGUUUGCAGGGCAUCAGGGAGUGAAACGGACCCGAGACUUAAUUAAACUUAACUACUUUUGGCCCAAUAUGGACCGGGAUGUGGAAACGUACGUGAGGCAGUGCGAAUCGUGUGCCAAGUUUAAGGUAGGGCGACACCCCACUGCACCCUUGGGAGAGUUACCUGAGACGACUUCCCCAUUCGAAAUGACCUCUAUAGAUAUAUGUGGCCCUUAUCCAGAAACAAAGAGGGGAAAUCGGUACCUUCUUACUUUCAUAGACCACUUUAGCCGUUAUCCGGAAGCUAUCCCCAUACCCCGGCAAGACGCCCCAACAGUCGCGCGGGCUCUUGUUACGGACAUAUUUUCACGGUUGGGUUGUCCUCAGGCUCUAUCAUCGGAUAAAGGAUCCAACUUCAUGUCGGAACUUUUCCAGGAGAUGUGCAAGCUGCUGCAGGUGAAAAGAAUUAACUCCACUGCGUUCAAUCCGCAGAUGCAAGGCAAGGUUGAGAAAUUUCAUCUGGGACUCAACCAAACCAUGAGCCACUAUGUAAAUAAGUAUGGGAAUGACUGGGAUGAGUUCGUGAACUACGCCCUGAUGGCCCAUAGGGCCAUUCCUCAUUCCAUUACUCGAUACAGUCCGUUUUACUUGCUACACGGACGUCAGAUGCGCCUUCCCAUGGAGGAUGACCUCACUACUGGAAAAUUUUUAAAGGGGGAACCGAAAGAUAACCGUAGUUUGAUUCAGGACCACAUUGACACUUUGGCUGACCGCCUCGAGGAGGUGUACCGUGUUGUAAGAGAAAAUAAUAAGGUGGGCAGAGAGAGACAGAAGGAAUGGUAUGAUAAGGGAACCAGAUUAGUUAUUUUCCAACCCGGUGAAAUGGUUUAUCUUCGUCAGAUGAGCAAGGUCAAACGUGGUUGUCCAAAAUUUAGGCUUAGGUGGAGGGGCCCUUACGAGGUGGUACGUAGAUUGUCCGAUUUGAAUUAUCUUGUGCGAGUAUCCCAAAGGAAGGAGCUGGUGGUAAAUGUUAACAAAAUGAAGAAAUGUUGCGUGAAAACUGUCCCCGCGCCAAGUGGGACAAGGGAUAUCCCGUUAAGGGUUCAGGAAAGAGACGAAGGUCAGGACGAGGCGAAUGACGAGGGAAUAACUCCACUUGCCUCCCAUGAUCACGAUGAGGAUGAAGGUAGCUUCGUCUUUACGCCAACCACUUUGACAGGCGAGAGGACCGAGGAUCGAAGUCAGGGCCCCACCUGGGAACCCAGUAGACAUCAGGAGGUUCAGAGAGCCACCGACGAGUCACCCGACACCGGAAGGGAAAUGGGGGCUAGGUACUGGUUACGGAGUAGGCAAGGGGAAGACACAGUAGCGUCUGAUGGGACACCGACAGAAAGAGAGGGCGAAGUGAGUGACCCUGAGGAAACGGACGCUGAGCCCCGCCCGAGCGGAUUACCCGAAACAGGGAACGUCCCGGAACACGAGGAAGGCACUGAGCAACCCCCUCGAUAUAACUUGCGACCACUCCCAGGGAGGAAAAUUUAAAUUAUGAAUUGUUUAGUUACUUAGACAAUUAACUUUUUGUUUAAUUAGAGAUGUAGGAGCACAUAAAGACAAGAGAAGGGGAAGUGAUUCACGCCAUUCAAAAGCAAUUAACUUAUCUUAAAUCCAUAGAUGAGGCCAUUUCCGAGUACACUAUGGGAUUGGCAACCGUGACCUGAGUUCUUAAGAGUGUGAUCACUAACGCCCUUACUUAUCAGAAAUCUGUUGAGGACGAAAUUCAGAACUUGAAAACAUUGAUAAAUUUUCAGGCAAAUGUUUCACGCGUCAUGUGCGAAUUGGAAUUUACAGUGAUGCAGUUACAGCAAUCGGUCAUACAACUGCAAGAGGGGUUAGAAAUCAGUGCCGCUGGAAGGCUAUCUUCAGUUUUGAUUCCUCCGCAUAACUUAUCCAAAAUUUUACAAGAAGUUGCUUUGAGAUUGCCCCAGGAUGUUUCGCUAAUAGCCGGUUUUACUGUGGAAAAUAUGUAUGUGUACUAUGAGGUUGUGACUGUGCAGGCAUACGCUACUGCUAUGACCAUUCGUCUCAUAGUACGCAUCCCACUGAGAGGGGCCUACCGAGGUAUGACCGUUUUUAAGAGUGUUCCUUUACCAACCUAUUCAGAUGUAUUGGGAAGACACAUUCAAAUUGAACCAGAAGCACCUUAUUUAGCAGUGACCGAAAACAGGCAGUACUACUCCCCCCUGGCGACGGCAGACUUGCAACCAUGUAGGAAGGGGUCAGUUAAUAUUUGUGAAGCCACUAUACAUAAGAAUCAAGCGACUUGCGUUUCGGCUUUAUACUUCGGCCAGACAGAUUUUGCACAUAAAUUUUGCCGGAAGGUUAUUUUAAAUGAAAAAUUUAACCCCAUAUGGCUUCAGGCGAAAGGAUUUCGCCCUUUUUGGAUUUAUAGUCUGCCCUCGCCAACUAUUGUUACGAAGACAUGUAAAGGGAAUGGCGCCACCCAAAGUUUUAAUAUUGAAUUAUCUCACACGGGCAUACUAAUGGAUGAUAUUCAUUGUCAGUUUUAUUCUGAGGCCUUUAUUCUGUUGCCGGUGUCGGAUGGCUAUACGAAUGUGUCGCUCACCAGCAACCAGGUUCUACCCCCACACCUGCCCGAGCUGAUGUCGCGUGAGGAACGGCGCCAAAUCACGCACGAUGAGUUGCGGACACGCCGUUCAUUUGCGGCCCUGGAGAUCGUCGUGCGACAGAGUUCACACGUCAACCAACAGCCCUAUGUCGAGCUGAGAGAUCUCCUGGACACCGUGUCUACUGAUGGGGCUAUGAUGAGCCAAGUAACUUGGUUGUAUAUGUUGAUCGCCUUUAGCAUUAUCCUGCCAUUUGUAAUCCUCACCCUUAAAUACUGGCGACAUCCUAUAACCCUCCUGAUCUGAAGAGUUCUCCCAUGUACCACUGACCAACGACCAUGUGUCCCAGACAGCGAAUCGACCGGCCGCAUGCAGAGUCCCAGCUAUGGACUCAGGGGUGACCAAUCGCUUUGGCUCUGUCGAAACUCCCGAUGAGAAUGUGGAGGACGCGGCGUCACAUUCCGCUGCGUCACUUUGGGUGGAGGCAGAAACGGUAUCCAGACCAGCUCCAGCUGCCCAGCCAGAGGCCGCUGAACGAACGUACUUCGCUCAGCCCGGAAGAUUUCAGCUCCUGAACUGAGCGAGAAUGUCCACACGCAGAGGCCCAGAAUAACUGUGGCCAUAAAUGAGUGAAUUAUUUGAACAAUUAAAGGACUCACCCAUGAACUUUGCCACCAUUUAAACUUGUAUAAUUUUUUUGCAUACUCCGCAUAUACUGUUUCAGUAUUGUAUUUACUAUUUUUGUUGUGAUAUAGUAGCUAACUGUCUUUGUAAGAGUUCACGUGGGUACAGCUUGAUGUUUGCUGUGUUUGAGAAAUCGGAGAGGUGGAUCUGAGAUGCAAGGGACCCAGUGAGUCAAAGUGGUAAGAGGUCUGGAUGAAAACCUCAACUCGUUGGAGUUAAUAUUUCCAUUUUAUGUGGGGGUAAUGUUGAGCCCAUUUCAUUAGUUAUUAAGUAUAAUUUUUGUAAGAUUGUGUGCUUAGGUUAAAAUGUUAGACGGCUGGCCGGAAGGUGUGGAGACAGCCGCCGCUGACUCUUCACGUUCCUUGGCAGUCGAUCGAAUUGUUUUUAGAAAAGACUGUUUACGCAUCAGUGGAAAGACCCGGUCAAGUUUCGCUUCGCGCGACAAGACAUGUCCGGCAAGAUGCCGACCUCAGGGAUUUCGUGUGCGCAGCUUUCGCAACUUGGGAAAAAGUUGAAUCUUGGAAUUGGGAAAAACAGGCCGUUUCAGGCACUCUGUUUCUAGCAGUUGCCAGAAACGGAGUAAAGCAAAGUGUGCCUGUGGAAAACCUUGGGAUGGCGCCAGUGUUUUUCAUGUGCAUCAUGGUUAGCGCGAGUGAAUACUUGCCAGUGGUCGGGUCACUGAUGGCUUAUUAGAACUUCUGGUUUAAAUUAUUUUGGUGGGUUAAUG